AUUCCGAUUAAUCCGAAGAUGGAAACGCGCUUAGUAUCUUCUCGCAUUAUCUUCCACAUUUCACAUCUUCUCGCAUUAUCUUACACUUUCUCUGAACUUUCUACAAUGGCCGUUGCAGCCUUCAAAUCCUCUUCGCGAAGGGGAACCCAAUCUUCUUCCACUCCUUCCAACGCCUCAUAUUCUGGCAGACCCUCCACCAGAGCUCCGAAUCCGAGUCGCAGGUCAAGGAGCGUGAGCGCGUGCCCGAGGACCAGUUUGGACAUUUCCACCGAUUUCCUCAACAAGAGGGAUAACCCUCUCUUUGACCAAACCCAAUCCUCCAAAACUCUUCUAGAAACUUCCACGCCCGCGAGUUCCACGCGCUCCGUGGCGCGAAGUGCCGAACCGGGUCGGGCCCUGUCCCGAGCGGAUUCGGGUCGCCGCACCCGUUCAGCUUCGCAGUGUCCGGUUUCGAGGCGGCGGCAUCUGAACUAUUCCACAUCCGAGAGUGAAGCUGAAUGUAAUGAUGGAAGUGGUUUGAAGUUAGCGGGGAGUAAUAGAAAAGGUGAUUUGGUUGGAAGAAGUAAGGAUGGUGUGACAGAUCAAAUGAAGGAUUUGCACACAUGGUCCAGUCGGCAUUCAUCUGUUGAGGUCUUGGAUUCUUUUGCUGCCACUUUGUCUAAUUUGCAAACUCACAAUUGUGACGAUGAAGCUUCGACAGCAAGUUCUGGAUUUGGUUCUGAUGAGAAAACUAUCAACGCAGUUUUUGAACAGAUGAAGUUAGUGCAAGCAGAUCUACCAGAAGCCAGUGAUAUAUAUGAAACAGUUCGUUCUGAAGUGUGGCGCGCUAUUUCUGAUAUUCAGAUUGACCUUGAAAGUGCUAUCCAAAGGAACAAUGCCACUGCAAUUGCUAUUACUAAUGUGGCUGAGAUAUCUCCAGACUUAGUAAACCCUGGUGCAGUAGAAUUGGUUUUGGAAAUUAGAAGAGAGUAUGCCAAAAAGCUUGAAGAGUCCCAGGAGCGAGCUAGAAAUCUUCGAGCAGAUCUGGCUGUUGAAGAACAUCGUGGGCAUGAACUGGAUAGAAUCUUGAAAGAAGUUCUUCCAUAUCCAAAGACCCCUAAUGUACAAAAGUCUCGUCCAUCAAGAAAAUCUAGCAUUGAAAGAAGAAGGAUGUCAAAACGUCUUGCAGAAGAUGCCAAGGCUUAUUUUGAUGAGUGUGUAUCACUAUCAACGUUUGAUAGUUCUGACUUUUCAUCCCAAGAGGAUCCCCCACUCAAUUUGGUUGGUCCUCAUACUCCAUCUGAUGGCCAUGGAUGUCUAACUGAGGACGAUGCCACUCGGGGACAAUCCGUGAAUACCCAUUAUGACCUUUCACAUCCGUAUGCCAGCGUUGAUGCUGUGGGAACUAUUCGAGGUCGAGUCAGUUCAAUACCUGGCAGCGCAGAAAUUAAUUGCAAACCCUGCUUCUCUCUUGCACAGAAGCCAUCUGAAACCUCUGCAGUUCAACAAGACAUCCAACAAUACAUAAAAAAGUUCGAAAAAAGCGUUUUGAAGUCAUCAACUAUGAGGUCAAAUUAUUGUGACCUAGAUGAGUAUAGUUUUCAAUCAUCAGCUGAGAGCUUGUUGAUUGAUAGAGUACUGCUAAAAAGUAGAAUUGAAUAUGGUAGUUUGUUACUUUGUGAUAGUGGUAACAAAUUGUCAUCUAAAUCUUGCGGUUUAGGGAUUUAACUUGGAAGUAUCGAUUAAGCAACUUUUACUCGUAUACGAUGCACUGUAAUUUUCAUCUUGUCUUUUUUCACUUCAGAAGUAAUAUAAAUCUAAAUGUACAUGUGCUAGAGCAGCUGAGCUUGAAUGUCCGGUUGCUUCCCUUUUUACUCUCUAGCACUGUUCACUCUUAAGCUAUACAACAUAUGUACACAGGAGAUUGUUUUUUUGCACAUAAUUUUAAUUUUAAUGAUACUUUUAGGGGAU